UUUACUAAUCGCAAUAAAAUGAAAGAUGAUAUAAAUAAUGGUUUAUUAUUUAUAAAUGAAUAUUUUAUACCACCCGAAAUAUUAUCGUUAAUAUUAAGCAAUGUGGAUGUUAAAAACUUAUACAAACAUUGUACAUUGGUAUGUAAACUAUGGAAUGACAUCAUUAAAAGUUGUGUUUGGAAGUUAAAAUGUGAUCGGCAAUUAUUAAAGACUGAUCAUUCACAAUUAUUCCGACAAAAACAACAUCCACAUUAUGUAUAUCAGGCGUUAUGUGUUUUUAAACAAUCAUUUUAUACAAAUUUAAUACAAAAUGCGUGUGGUUUAGAUGGUUUUAACCAUUGGAUAAUUGACAAAAAUGGUGGCCAUCGUUUUAUAAUUGAAGAUUGUAUAUUAGUUGAUACAAAUUUUCGUGAAAUCAAUGAUGAAACUGUUAGUAAAUGUUUUGUAACAUCCUACAGACAAUGUAGUAAAUUACAAAUGAUAGAUUUAUGUGGUAGAGGUGGUGUGACACAACAAUUUAUUGAUGAAUACCAGCCACCGAUUUACGUGAGUGAAUGGUAUGGAAGUCGACGUGAUUGUGGAUGCAUGUAUCAAUUACGUGUGAUUUUAUUUGAUAAAGAUUAUCAACCAUUUCGUCGAUGCAAUUGCAAUUACUCAUUUUCUUAUAGAGUUCCUGGAUGGGAGGGUGGUUUUUAUCAAAAAGUUGAAUAUGUCUUUAAAAAUUAUGGCCCAAAUGUACGAUACAUAUUUUUUCAUUAUAUUGGUAAAGAUACACAAUUUUGGGCUGGACAUUAUGGUAGUAAAUUUACAAAUGCUAAUGUACAAUUACUGCUUCCUGGUGAUACAUCUAAAGAUCAUCUGAUUGAUUUACAUUCACAGCAAUCAUAUCAUGAACAAUGUGGGUGUGGUUGUAAUGAUAGCGAUUGUAGGCAACAAAAAAAUGAUUGUCAAUCACUAAUGUAUAUGUUUGAUAAGACAUUAAUUGCAGCUGUACAGAAAUAUAAAGAUGAAUAUUUCAAAUAAUUAUUUGAUAAUGAAAAAAAUGUAUAUUUUUAUAGAGAAUGUAGAAGUCUUUAUUUUAUCCAUAUUAAUGCGACAACGUAACACGUUUACACGCUCUCCAUUUGUG